UUCACAUCUGAAAAAUGAUACAUCGUUUGAACGCAAAUUCCAUUUUCAAAUGUUUAAUGUGGAUCGUGUUGGUUCUCAUCGGUGUGACAACAAUCAAAACACUCAACGACCGUUAUUCCAGUAUGCUACAGUUUCAUAGAUGUGACAAUAUGGAUAAGAACUUGACGAAACCAGUGUUGGAUCAUGAACAUCCUCGAAAUGCUUCAAUAAUAUUUAUUGGUGGACAUCAGAGUACAGGUACCGGACUGACGCGAAUACUUUUGGAUGUUCAUCCAAUGGUACGAUGCGGUCCUGAACCGAUCAUAACAUGGGAAGUUAUGAACUUCAGAAAAUCAGUGGGGCCUUACCGAAACAAAUUGGUGGCAUCUGGAGUUGAUUCACAUGUCAUAGAUGAAGCCACAGCUGCAUUCAUUGUUUCAGUGAUUGAGAAUAUGGGUCCACCUGCGAAACGAUUGUGUCACAAACAACCUGGAAUCUACUAUCAUCUUCAUGAUUUAGGUGAUCUAUUUCCUCAAGCAAAAUUUAUUCACAUGAUUCGAGAUGGCAGAGCAGCAGUGCUGUCAACCGUUGCUCGGAAAAUUGACAGUCAAUUCUCAGGCGACAAUCCAGUUUCAGCUAUCAAAUUAUGGCAUAACAUAACAAAGCAAAUGAUCGAUGAUUGUAAUUACAUUGGGAAAAAACGCUGUUUAACAGUCCGAUAUGAAUGUCUUGUAUUGUAUCCCGAAUUACAAUUGAGGCGAAUUCUAAAAUUUCUUGAUCUGCCUUGGGAUCCUGUAUUGUUGAAGCAUGAAAACGUUGUUCAUAACAUUUCCAAACUCAACUUUCAAGAGGCCAGUACAUCACAGUUUAUCAAGCCUAUACACAUAGAAUCGUUAAAUUCAUGGACAAAGAAUAGUUCAAUCUUUCCACAAAUAUUUCUUCGGAAGUUUCAUGAGUACACAAAUUUAUUGAACGAAACUGGAUAUCUAACAGAUCACAUACCUCCAAACUACAAGGAACUAUGUAGAACCGCCCAUAUUCAUGAAUAAAAUGCUUCUAAACAUGAAUAUUUCCCAUUCCCUAUGUAUCGUUUUUCAGUGAUUUUGAGAUUUAUUGAAAAUAUCUGUGUACAGUGGAGUAUAUAAAGUUGACAUUUGAACUUGCUCGGAAAAUGACAUUCUCCUUUGUUCUGAUACUCCAAGUUCGUAUACCUGAAGACUCCUAGCAUGGACUGUCCGAUAGAAUAAUCUUGAUAUAAACUGAGAAUAUUGAAGUUGAGAGCGAAGGAAGAUGUGUGUGUGUGUGUGUACAUAGCUGGACGUGAAAAUGUGUAAAACAAU